AUGGAUAUCGAUCAUCGUCAUCGGCCACAGCAACACACAUGGAAUAAUGGUCUUUGUAAUUGUGGAGAGGAUGUCAGCACCUGUUUCGUAACGUGCCUCCUUCCAUGCGUUACAUUUGGCCAAAUUGCAGAAGUUGUGGAUGAAGGGAAAAGUUCAUGCGUAGGACAAGGUAUAAUAUACGGGUUGGCGAUGAUGAUACAGUGCCACUGGCUGUGCUCAUGCAUGUACAGAGAGAAACUGCGAUCCAAAUUUGGAUUACGAGGAGAUGCUUGCGGUGAUUGUUGUAUUCAUUGCUGCUGCGAACCCUGUGCUCUUUGCCAAGAACAUGCCGAGCUCAAAUCCAGAGGCUACAACCCCUCCAUAGGUUGGAUUGGACCCCCUAAUGCUCCUCCAGUACAGAUGAUGCCUCCCUCCAUGAAUAAAUGA